AUGCCUGACCCAUCAAUCGCCAUGACCAAAGUAUUGCUAUCUGCAUUACUUGUUCUAACUGCUUGGGCACAGGACCCUUACACCCAGAAUUAUGACUCCAACAGGCACAAGACUCCUUCCUACUCGCCUGUCCGGCCUCCAGCAAUACCUCUUGCUGUCCGCAGCCCCUACACUAGCAUCUGGACGUCUUCUGCCAAUAAUGGCACUCUCAACACCAAUGGAGCUAUGUUCUGGCCCGGAACUGCUGCUGGCUGGGAAGGCAUCAUUGUCGUAGAUGAGGUUGCUUAUGAAUACCUGGGUACCGGAUUGCAAUCUCUCCCACCCCUCAAUAACAUCAAAACUGCUUCUCAACUCGCCGUCUCAUUCGAUUCUCAAUACUCGAACUUCACCAUCCGUGCUGGCCCGGUCGAUCUUAUCGCAAGUUUCUUCAGUCCCGUCAUACCACAGGACCUUUGCCGGACCAGUGUUCCUUUGAGUUACCUUCAAGUCAGCUUUCACAGUACGGACAACCAAUUCCAUGACGUCCAGCUAUACAGCGAUGUCAACGCAGGUUGGAUCUCACCAGAGACUAACACGACCGUGAUUUGGAACCUGUUUGAAGGAGGCUUGACUGUCAAUGGAAGUGGUAAUGCGACUGGUGGUCCGUCUACUGUCUAUAGUUGGGUGCUAUCUCAGCAAAACCAGUAUGAGUUUGGAGAACAGGCAGACUUCCCUCAAUGGGGCAAUUUCACCUACUCCUCAAGCCCUGGUAGUUCUCGCAAAUUCGGUUUCCAAAGUGGCUAUUCACUCGACCUCCGAUACAACUUUGUCUCAAGACUUCGGCUCUCUGACAUUGUGGACUCCAAUUAUCGCGGUGCUCAGAGCAAGGAACCCAUCUUCGCCUUCGUCCAUGACUUCGGCUCCGCAACUUCAGGAAGUGCUCUCUAUACUAUCGGGACAGUGCAACAGAAUGUCAUCAGAUUCUUGACAUCUGAUGGACUUGUCCCUCUACAGCCAUGGUGGGCGGAGUGCUAUGGAGAAGACCUGUUCGACCUCAUCGAGUUCCAUUACAACGAUCUCGCGACCAGUCAAGCCAAGGGAGCUAGUUUCGAGGCUCAGCUCAAGGCAGACGUGCAUGCAUACUACUCGACGACACCAGGACCAAUAUACAGCAACAGUACUCCGUCUCCUCCUCCGUUGUAUGCUAAUGCUUCGGGUGGAGAAGAACACGGUAUAGACCAAUUCGGCCAGGAAUAUAUCUUCGACUCAAGUAAUGGAUAUGGUUUCCUCAGUCCUAACAACUUCAGCGGUGUUGCUGUUCCUGAUGUUUCGGAAGCUGAGAGCUAUUAUGCUAUUGUCGCAUUGAGCGCGCGUCAAAUAAUGGCAGCAUAUGUUUUGACCGCUCCGCCAAACCUUCGAUACAGCAACUCAUCCUCGAUUACACAAGGCGAACCGCUCAUGUUCCAGAAGGAGAUCUCGAGUAAUGGCAACAUGAACACAGUUGACGUCAUCUUCCCAGCUCUGCCCUUUUACCUGUACGCCAACCCCGAGAUGCUCAAAUUUGUCUUAAAUCCAUUGUUCUACCAUCAAGAAAACGGAUUCUAUCCCAAUGGCUACAGCAUGCACGAUCUUGGAACGCAUUUCCCGAAUGCCACUGGUCAUGUCGAAGGCAACGAUGAGUACAUGCCGGUCGAAGAAAGCGGCAACAUGCUUCUGAUGGCUUAUGCAUACUUCAAAUUCACUGGAGAUACAAGCUUCCUCUCUCAGCACUAUGCCAAGUAUCGCCAAUGGGCAACUUACGUAACUGAGUACUCUCUCGUCCCAGAGGCUCAGCUGAGUACUGAUGACUUUGCUGGAACACUUGCCAACCAGACCAACCUGGCGAUAAAAGGUAUUGUAGGGCUGAAAGCGAUGUCCUUUAUCUCGGAGGCUUUAGGUGACCUUGUAGCUGCGGCCAAUUACUCAGCUACUGCAUCGUCUUACUUCACGCAAUGGGAGCAGUUCGCGAUUGAUCCAACUGGUAAACAUACCAUGCUUGCCUACCAGAGUCGUGGAUCCUUCGGACUUCUCUACAACACUUACCCUGACAAGCUACUGAAUCUCGGUAUCAUUCCUAAGAGUCUGUACGAUAUGCAGAGCGACUGGUAUCCAACCAUUUCUCAAGUCUUUGGUGUAAGUGGAUUGGAAUGCCGCGUCACUGAAGCCCUUACUGACAGUUGCAGNGUCCAACUCGACAGUCGUCAUACCUACACUAAGUCUGACUGGGAGAUGUGGACCGCAGCUACAUGCUCCCCUGAAACUCGUCGACUCUUCGUGAAUGCGCUAGCGUACUGGCUCAACAACACGAGCACGAACCUGGCCUUUGGCGAUCUUUUUGAGACUGUUGGCACUGGUGGUUACCCAGUCGGAGGACCGACCUUCAUCGCGAGACCUGUCGCUGGCGGCCACUACAGUUUACUGGCACUUCUUAAAACUGGUCAAAACAGUGAGACUGGCACUUCACCCGGUGGUUUCUCACAGAACAGUACGCAGGCCUUGAAAGAGCCUCCUGCAGGGUAUCUGAAUGUUUCAGCUUCAAGUGCUUCGGUGCCGACAACAAAGACAGCCACGGCCUCAACACCGUCGAGUCGGUAUUACAACAACUACACUAUCUCACAUACUAGGCGUAGAUGA